AGGCCCUGGAGGCCACAGGCCUCAGACGCAGCUGGCGCUGGCAGCAGGAGGAGCCGCCAGUGAAGCCAGCUGGUAGCACUCUGGGCAGCGCCGGGGCAGCAGGCCUCACCAGCGUGGGCAUGCAGGCUCUGCUCCAUGGCCCCUAAGCCUCAUGGCCUCCCCAGGCCGCCGAACACCUGUCCCCAACCCGUCGCCAGGCAGGAGGAGAGCAAUGUGUUGGGUCACUGCUGUCAGCUUCAUGGCAGCCGAGGAGAUGCACUGGCCUGUCCCCAUGAAGGCCAUCGGUGCCCAGAACCUGCUAACCAUGCCCGGCGGAGUGACCAAAGCUGGCUACCUGCACAAGAAGGGCGGCACCCAGCUGCAGCUGCUCAAAUGGCCCCUGCGCUUUGUCAUCAUUCACAAGCGGUGUAUCUACUACUUCAAGACCAGCACGUCUGCCUCCCCACAGGGCGCCUUCUCGCUGAGCGGCUACAACCGGGUGAUGCGGGCAGCCGAGGAGACGACGUCCAGCAAUGUCUUCCCCUUCAAGAUCGUCCACAUCAGCAAGAAGCACCGCACGUGGUUCUUCUCAGCCUCCUCCGAGGACGAGCGCAAGAGCUGGAUGGCCUUGCUGCGCAGGGAGAUCGGCCACUUCCAUGAGAAGAAGGAGCUGCCUCUGGACACCAGUGACUCCAGCUCGGACACGGACAGUUUCUACGGUGCAGUCGAGCGGCCUGUGGACAUCAGCCUCUCUCCGUACCCCACGGACAACGAAGACUAUGAGCGUGAUGACGAGGACGACUCGUACCUGGAGCCGGACUCCCCUGAGCCCGGGAAGCCCGAGGAUACCCUGACGCACCCACCGGCCUACCCCCCGCCUCCCGUGCCCACGCCCAGGAAGCCAGCCUUCUCUGAUGUGCCCCGUGCCCACUCCUUUAUCUCCAAGGGCCCGAGCCCCCUGCUGCCACCCCCGCCCCCUAGGCGUGGCCUCCCCAAUCCUAGCCCGCCUCCUGAGGACUCCAAGAGGGACUUGCUGGGCCUGAGAUGGCCUGAGCCUGGCCUCAGGGUGCCUGCUACCUCCCGGAGGAUGAGUGACCCCCCGAUGGGCAGCCUGCUCAACACGCCCAACCUCCGGAAAUCCCCUUGCUUCUCUGAGAGCACCAGCCCCAGCCCAGAGCUCCGGGUCCCCAGCCACGGAGUCAGCUCUGCCAGCGUGGCCACGGCCACCUCCAGGAGCUGUGAUAAACUCAAGUCCUUCCACCUGUCCCCCCGUGGGCCACCCACGCCUGAGCCCCCACCCGUGCCAGCCAACAAGCCCACGUUCCUGAAGAUGGCUGAAGAGGCCCCCCUGAGGGAGACAGCCAAGCCUGGACUCUUUGUGCCCCCUGUGGCCCCCAGGCCUCCUGCACUGAAGCUGCCCAUGCCAGAGGCCACAGCCCGGUCUGCAGUCCUGCCCAGGCCAGAGAAGCCAGCCCUCCCUCACCUCCAGCGAUCACCCCCCGAUGGGCAGAGUUUCAGGAACUUCUCCUUUGAAAAACCCCACGUACCCUCGCAUUCCGACGCCCUGCAGGCUGACGCUGGUGGGAAGGACUCUGACGAGGACUAUGAGAAGGUGCCACUGCCCAGCUCCGUCUUCGUUAACACCACGGAAUCCUACGAGGUGGAGAGGCUAUUUAAAGCCACAAGCCCCCGGGGAGAGCCCCAGGACGGACUCUACUGCAUCCGCAACUCCUCCACCAAGUCUGGGAAGGUUUUGGUUGUGUGGGAUGAGACCUCCAACAAAGUGAGGAACUACCGCAUCUUUGAGAAGGACUCUAAACUCUACCUGGAGGGCGAGGUCCUGUUUGUGAGUGUGGGCAGCCUGGUGGAGCACUACCACACCCACCUCCUGCCCGGCCACCAGAGCCUGCUGCUGCAGCAACCCUACGGCUAUGCUGGGCCCAGGUGACGCCUGCACACAGCUGCUGGGCAGAGGCGACUGGGGCCACCACCUCAGGCCAUGCAGAUGAGACUGGCCUGCCCGGGAGGAAGAGCUCUGAACUGCGGCCUCCCCAACAGACAUCGGCCGAAUCUGCCAGGCUGGGCUCCAGCCAGCGGGCUGGGUCCUCGGAGCUAGGCGAGCCCCCAGGCUCCAAAGGGCUGGGGGCCCUCAGAUCCCACCUCCCUGCCCAGUCACACCUCCCAGGAGCCCAGGGUCCCAAGACCAAGUCCUGACUGAGCUUCAUGGACAUGAAUUCUGGUCCCCAGCACACCCACCCUGCACUGGGCUGGAGCCGGGCAGGGCGCGGGCAUUUGGGGUUGGGGCAGGGAGUGGCCCAGGACCCCCAAGGAACGCUAAGACUCAGGCCCCAGUGGGGCCUCUGCUGCACAAUAAAGCACUGGUGACCUUUGCCUUGGUGGCCGGGCUUCGUUGGGAAGGAGGGGUGACCAGCUUUCUUGAGUACCCACACCAACAUUCAAGUGAUCUCCCCGUCUUCCUGGGCACAGGUUGCUAAAUGACUUGCCCCAGGACACAGCUGGUAAUAUUGGCACAGGACCCAAAUGUGAGCCAUCCGGGCUCAGAGCCUGCAGUCCGAAGUGCCAGGUUCUGCUGCUACAAGUCAUGGCCGGGACAGUGGGCUGCAGAGCCUGAGGGCCCACAUCUACAGCUGGGUCACUUGCUAGAUUAACAAGUGGUUCUUGGGAGACAGCUGGGCAGGGGGUGCUCACAGUGCACGCUGUCUGGAGCGGAGGGGUGUGCAGGGGCUUGGAGCUUGAAAUCUAGCUGGGGUUCCAGGAAGACUUCUUAGAGGAAGUGCCUGCUAUAGACAGGGGCAGGAAGAGUAAGGGCUGAGUAGGCCAAGGGUAGGUGGGGAUGGUGGCACCCAGAUGGCUGAGUCCACUGGGCCACAUGUGGCUCAGGUCCAUCCCUCAUUUCCUGCCACGGAAUUCCAGCAGGCCACUUUCCCUGAC